AUGACUAUCGACGGGGCGGUUCGCUUGACCAAUGCGAAGAAUAAUAUAAUCCUUGCCUUGUCUCGGUCUGGCGCGUCUGCUGCCCUCAUCCACCCCAACGGUCGCGUUUACCAAUAUGGAUCCCGAGUCGAGAUUCAAGCGCGACAUCAACAGGGUAACAACAAAUAUGCCAAGAUGUGGUAUAAGGGAGUAUCAUUCACCGCCGAGCAAUGCGCAUUAGUAUAUUUGGUGGAUGCUGCGGGAACUCGCACUACUACCGACACUUUUCUCGACAUGAGUCAAGACUUUACUCUCAACGUUUUUUACAAUGAAUCUCGGCAUGGACCAUCCUACGUAAAUGAGGCGCUAUCUCUCAUCCAAGCUGUGCAGUACUGGCUAACCGAUGACGGUAUCGACAACUGGAUAAUUAACAACGUCCGGGUCAGUCAAACUGCGGACGGGCUUGUAAGGGUGCACCGCUGCAGCCACAAGUACCAACUGCGCACGAGCCCCAGCAACGGCUCGGCGUCCAUCACCAGCCCAUUUCUGCACUGCACUGCCUCGCUAGGGCAGACGCAGCAUCUGUUUGUGAGGCGCGGAGAAAGGCGCAUGCACUUUGACGGGAACUCCUUCAUAGUCCGCAACGCAGGCCAUUCAGCCGGCUUCGACGACAAGAACCAGCUAAAGGUCUAC